AUGAAUCAAAGAGAGUAUCAGUAUUCAAGUACGACGCUCACUUACAACCGCCGCAUCCCGAGUAACGACUGCCAAAUAUACGACAUCACGGUAGGCGGAGACACAUUCUCCGUCACCGUCACCGCCUCCCCUUCCGUCGCGCAACGGUGGGUGGAUUAUGUCAUCAGUAAUAACGAGCGUGAAUUCAACAACAACACGGCGGUGGUGGGUCUCGGCGUGCAGUGGACUCAGACCGCCAGAUUACGUCGUUCAGCGGAGACAGUGGAGCUUUGCGUGGGGAAAGAGUGCCUCAUUUUCCAAAUCUCACGCACCGAUUACGCGCCGGCCAGUCUACGCAAAUUACUGGAGAACCGUUCGUGCACCUUCGUGGUUGUGUCUGAGUAUUCACAUAGACGAAUGUUGUCGCUUUCGCCGUUGGCGUUGCAGAUGAGAAGCGAUCCCGUGAAUGUGAGGAGUGUGUUGAGAAUGCCGAUUCUUAAUUCUUCGCUGCGGGCAUUUCUAGAAGGUGAAACGUCGACGUUUACGACAGAUAUCUACAGGUACACCGAUUGGCGCGUUGAGACUCUCAGCGAUGAACAGGUUCUUCAUGCGUCUAUCCAAGUUCGCAUUGCUUACCUCCUGGGCAUUUUCCCCCAGUGGGUAGCUGCGCACGGUGGAGUCACAGGGGGAACACAACAGGACACGGCAGAACUGGGGUAG